AACGAUGAUAUAAUUUCUAUAUCCAGCGAUACAGAUUCUAAUCAGGGAUCCUCCAUUGCGGUUUCGCUUUGUCAGCCCGGGUUGCGACGCCGAAAAUUGCCCAUUUCUUCCAUUAAAGUAACAGAAAUAGUUCCGCCAUCUGGCACAUUGAAUUCAGCCUUGUCUACGAAGCGCCGACGUACAACGGCAGGAUCUAGAACUUCGUCUCAUUCCUUAGAUGCAGAUCUAUUCGCCUUCACUCCACUCGACCAAACCGCCAUCCAUCCCUUUGCCUAUGAUGCUGCUACCAAGUAA